AUGGGAAAGCUCGCGGUACACAUGGCUGAGGACGGCCACUCGUACGAGCUGGACUGUGACCAAUGCACUCCUGUCGAGUCCGUGCAGAAGUACUUGGAAUCACUCUGCCGAAUACCCUUCAACGACCAGCUCCUCUUGUGCGUGGACACGAAACUUGAGCCUCACCGCCAGUUGUCAGCCUACAAACUCCCUGCUGAAGGCCGGGAAGUGUUCCUAUUCAAUAAAUCGAGAAUGCGCAGUAGUGCAUCACCUCCUCCACCCGAGCCAUCCCCUUCAAACAAUCCCCACCCGUUAGAUGAUUCCCCGGACCCCGCCUUAAAGGCCCUGCCCUCAUACGAGAGGCAGUUUAGGUACCAUUUCCAGUGGGGGCACGCAAUUUACAGCCGAACCCAUGCUAAACUCGAGGUGUGCGAAGGGCUGCUUCGGGAGCAGAGGGUUCAAGAACGGGCACUAGAGAUUGCGAGGGGUAAUUUGGAGUUUGUUUACAAGAUUGUGCUUCAGACUUAUGCAGACUUCAUGAGGUGUUACUCCCAGCAGCAUCGUGGGCACACGAGCCUGCUGGUUAAUUUCGGGAGGGAUAUGGAAAGGCUGAGGUCUGUGAAGCUUCAUCCCUCUUUGCAAACGGGUAACAGGAAGUGCCUGCUCGAUUUCGUGAAGGAGGAGAAUCUAAGGAAGGUUGUGGAGGACUGUGGGAGCUCGCAUAGGCAGUUUGAGAAUAAAGUUUCGGAAUUUAAGCAGGAGUUUGGAGAUUUGAAGCGGAAUGCGGAGAAUUUGUUUACGGCGAGCCAGGGCUCGUAUCUUGUCAAGGAAUUGGAUAUGGCACUGAAGGAGCAUCAACACAUUGUUAUUGAGCAGAAGAGUAUAAUGCAAGCUUUAAGCAAAGAUGCGAACAUUGUAAAGAAACUCAUGGACGAUUGUCUCUCGGGUGAGCACGAUCUGUCAUCUUCCUUGCGUCUUCACGAUGUCGUUUCUGCAUUGGGUCCCAUUUACGACAGCCAUGAGAAAAAUUACCUUCCGAAGAUGCAAUCGUGCGAUCUCCAGUCUGCUCGAUUUCUUCCGGGAUAA